AAAGGUUUUGUGCGGAAUCUUUUCCAAAAAGAUCAGAAUUUGAACAAAAGAUCAUUAUAUUUGAAAUCAAAAAUUGAGUAAACAAAUUUUGAAUUUUUGCAUCUCUCUCUUAUUUCUUUCUUCUCUCUCUCACCGACAAAAUAAAAAGAGCUCGCGGUGAUAAAAAGAGUAGCUGGAAGAGAAGAUAGAAAAUGGCGAUGGUUGGAAAAAGAUUUCUCCAACGACAUUGCAGGAAAAGAGGGUUGAAUAGUGAAAGAGCACAACGAAACAGAAAAAGAAAAUACAACAGAAGAAGGAAAAGAAGACGGCAACGAAUCGGCGUCGACUGCAAAACUGCGUCCACCAGAGAACAGCAUCGCAACCGCUCUUUCGUAACCGGAGGGUAUUACAUCAGGGAUUUGGACCCUGAGGUCGACCGACAAGAGACACCUCUACGAUUUGUUCAUCCGGGUCCGGCAAGUGGUUUCGGUUCAACCAAGAAUGAGUGCCAUCCCCCAAAGAUUGUGCCUCCCUCAUCAACUAUAAAGAUGUUGGUCUUAACAAAUGCCGCUAGCAAAGUGUUAGGUAAAGGAGAGGCAAAUAUAGCUAUUAUCAGGAAGCAUGUUGAGUAA